AUGAUGCUCGGCGACACCAGCGGCCCUUGGAACGGUGCUGGCGUUCGGCGGGGCUCGAAGCCCGAGCUGUGGUCGAACAUCUGCAAGUUCACAUGCGCGUUUCAAAUGGUCGGGGGUGUGUUUCUGGCCUUCUUGUCCACGACAUACCUGUUUGACUACAUGAUGACAACUGGAGUGAUCAUUGGAGGGCUUCUGUUCAUCAUUGGGGCCAUUGGCUUGGUUGGAUCAUUCAAACAGAACAAAGACUUUCUGAAUUUCCACAUCGUUGGAGCCAUCCUCACCAUAGUGCUCUCAUUCCAAUUUGCCGGACAGGUGCACAACCCUUGUUAUGACACCAAAGCCAAGUGCUGUGGCUGCACACUUGUGGUACUGUCCAGUACAACAUACCAUUCUCCUCAGCACACAGAGGCAAAUAGAUUCUGGUGUCCACAGGCUCUUCCACUGUUCGGUUGUGCCCACCUAGCUAUGCUUCUUAUUGCUGAAGGCAUGCAUGAUGCAUAA